CUCUCCGCUCCUUUUGUGUGGCACGUUCACGCAUUGUAGUGGAUUUAUUCAUUGUGUGCGCCUGACAGACACGUGGUCGCGUUUGCUGCUUGGGGAACUUCAGUUUUAGCCCCAUCACCUCACUAGUGAGCAAAUUUUGAUGUGAACCACUUGCAACGACUCAAACUGGCAGAUAGGCUGAUCCGGUAACAGGAAUUUAUCAUUGACACGCUGCGAACAAAGCUUAAUGAGUUACGCUCACAUUUCGUGCAUUAUGUGUGUAAUAAUGAAAUUUCUAUGCGAAAACAGGAAUGCGCUGUUUUGCAAUGUGGAACAACCGGUCACCUGUUCCCUUUCCAUGCUUGACUGGGUUUAUUGGCACUUCGAAUCAACUUCAGUCAAUGUCAACGUUUUAUGUAGAUAGUCGUAGGGCUUGGUGCACAGUAGCAGGUGGCUUCGUUGCUAAUUUUCUUUUGGGAGGCCUGGCCAAAUCUUACGGGCUCAUUAUGGAAGCAUUCCAAGAUGUGUUUCACUCAGGAUCCGCUCUUUUUCUCCUCGCCGGUGGUCUCAUCUACACUCUCAUGUAUUGUCUCUCGAUAUGGCAGCCGCCCUGUUGUCGUGGUUGGCGCUUUGGGCUCGUGCGUUAGUCUUUUGAUCGCCGCCUUCGCACCGUCCAUCGCAGUGUGGGUCGUGGCCGUUGGAGUCGGAGUCGGAGCAUCUCUUUCGUGCAUCUAUUUCACCGUGUUCGCCGUGGUUGGUCGUUGUUUUCGUCGUUAUUUGGGUCUAGCUAAUGGGAUCAGCGUUGCAGGAGUGAGUGUUGGUCAAAUGGCCUUCCCUUCUCUAAUUACGUACCUCAACCAAGUGUACGGUACUCGCGGUGGCACUGUGGUGAUGAGUGCUAUUUGCCUGCAUCUCCUAAUCACCGCGGCCUUGAUGCCCAGGUACAUCGUUGAUCCAGAAAAUCCGGGGCCACCACCUUUUUCCAACUCGACCACAGAGAUUAAGCCCAAACGGAGGUCGAAAUUCGAACCGACGUUAGACGAUUUACGCUCGGUCACCGGCUCUGUCGCUUCAUUGGUAAACGGAAUUGGGGCGAAACCGAAGAGUUCAAGUUUUUCUCAUCUUUACACCGAGUUGGUCGAUACAGAGAAACGGCCUGAUCCAAUGGGCGAUGCCCCCGACGACAAUCUUUCGGCUAAAGAAAUGCCAUUUACUUCGAAAUCGGGCUCUGUUCUUUCGCAAAACAGAAAAAAUGAGAAGCGACUCUUACGAGCACUGCUUGCUGUCUACAUUGUGGGUAAAAUUUUCGGAGACAUCGGAGAUGUUAGCGUUUCCUUUGUGGCGCCUUCACAUGGAAUUCAGCUGGGGCUGAGUCCUGUUACGGUAAGUCGUGCUAUUGCCUUCUCAGGUGCAGUCGAUCUAGUCGCUCGCUUGGGAGUGGGCUGGCUAACUGACCGGCCGUGCUGCAUGGGACGCCGAGGUAUUCUGCUGGCUUUUGUUUGGAUUUUCACUGGAAUCAAUGCGCUAGCUUUCUCCGCCCUGCGUGGGUUGGAAACGGACGACCGCUUGAAGCCACUGCCAGUUGGACUCUUGAUUGGUUAUUUUGCUUGCUUCGGUAUCCACGGCGUGUGCAGUGGCACGGCAAUGACGCAGAUGGUCAUCGUGUUGUGCGACUGGGUUGGCUCCGCUCGUCUGGCUCACUCUCUGGCAUUGACCAUGUUCGUUUUGGGCGUGCUCAUCUCUCCGGGUCAAUUCGCAGUCGGUUACCUCGCUGAUGUGACGGGUAGCUACGUGUGGCCGCUGCGAUCUUGUUUCCUCAUACUUGGAGUCGCUGGGGCGUGCCUCUUGCUGGAGUUUCCCGUUAGAUGGUCGUAUUCCCGCAGCCUCACUCGGAACACCACUAUUGAAGCAACUGCUGUUAUCGGCGAUCUUGCUGAGACAGUCCCCUGUACUCCAUUAGAACCCCUUUCUCCUCUCCGCUGAUCAACUCCGAAAUCCGAACGGCUCAAUAUACAACUCCUAACUACCAUAUCACGUUGGGCAUAUGGUUAAUCAGGGUUGAACUUUUUGCACACCCACUCGGAUCUUAUAAGUGCACCAGUAUCCGGUGACUGUUGUCGCCAACUUGUCCACAAAUGCACCACACACCGAACGGAUACUGCCUUUACUGCUUACCUCUCUGUCAAAUGGUCUUAAGGAAGUGAUGUUACCCUGUCGUUCGAAGAUCUGUUCAUAGCACUUCGCUUCCAGCUGUAAUGUUCGGCGUCAGGACUCACUUUUGUUGUACAAACGCUUAUUUCUGUAAACCUUGUUUGUUCCCUUCUCUUCUCAUGAAAACUAGCUUUAUCUCGGUGUAUUUAAAAUAAUUUAUUGCGAACUUCAUGUUGGUUUGACCCGUCCUUUUUAUACAACUACAGCAUGUUUCUCCCGCUUUUCUUUCCUUUUUCCGUCAAAUUAUAGUAUUGGCUUUGAUCGGUUAUUUGAUUGUCUUCGCCAAUGGUAAGCAACAAAUACCUGGGUUUCUACGGGAACGAUUUAGAUUAAAUGACUACUUUUGCCUGCAUUUAGCUCUUUUUUCUGAAUCCAACUCUGAAAUGCACUUGCUAUUCAUAUCGCUGUUAUGCCGUUGUCCAGGCUCUAAUUCACUGAUCUGUCGCGUAAGAUAAACUCUUCU